GGGCCCGCUGCCUUCGCUGUCCUGGGAGCCGCAGCUGGUCCCGGCCUUGGGCCCUUCGGGGGAGGCUGCCCGGAGGAGGCGGCGGCCGUGGCGGCGGUAGUACGUCCCCUGCCUCCAGGACCGCGGGCUCUUUCCUUCCAGGUCACAGGCUGAGUGUGUGCGCGUCCAUACCCCCCGCACACCCACACACAUACACACGCACACAGAGAUGGUUGCCCAGUCUAAUGUACCUGGUGCUCACAUCCUCCACCAGUCCCCUAUACUGGUCUCUCCAUGGGUUAAGCAGCCCCAGAUGGAAAUCUGAGUGCUGCACUUCAUCCCUUGAGCAUGGUCUGCUCCAUGGCUAUAUCGGUUUCCUUUCUGUCCCCUCUUUGGCAGGUCUGUCUGUCUGUCUGUCCAGCCCUGGGGGUCCGCAAUGGCCACCUUCAGCCGCCAGGAAUUUUUCCAGCAACUGCUGCAGGGCUGUCUCCUGCCUACUGCCCAGCAGGGCCUGGACCAGAUCUGGCUGCUCCUUGCCAUCUGCCUCACCUGCCGCCUUCUCUGGAGGCUUGCUGCAUAUGGUUUGGGUCGUACUACUCAGCCUCCUGUGCUACCUCGUGCUGUUCCUCUGCCGACAUUCCUCCCAUCGUGGAGUCUUCCUCUCCGUCACCAUCCUUAUCUACCUACUCAUGGGUGAGAUGCACAUGGUGGACACCGUGACAUGGCACAAGAUGCGAGGGGCCCAAAUGAUCGUGGCCAUGAAGGCAGUGUCUCUGGGCUUCGACUUGGACCGGAGCGAGGUGGGUACGGUGCCCUCACCUGUGGAGUUCAUGGGCUACCUCUACUUCGUGGGUACCAUCGUCUUUGGGCCCUGGAUAUCCUUCCACAGCUACCUACAGGCUGUCCAAGGCCACCCACUGAGCUGCCGAUGGCUACAGAAGGUGGCCCGGAGCCUGGUGCUGGCCCUUCUGUGCCUUGUGCUGUCCACCUGUGUGGGCCCCUACCUCUUCCCGUACUUCAUCCCCCUUGAUGGUGACCGUCUCCUUCGCAAGUGGCUGCGAGCCUACGAGAGUGCUGUCUCCUUCCACUUCAGCAACUAUUUUGUGGGCUUUCUGUCCGAGGCCACAGCCACGUUGGCAGGGGCUGGCUUCACCGAGGAGAAGGAUCACCUGGAAUGGGACCUGACAGUAUCCAAGCCACUGAAUGUAGAGCUGCCCCGGUCCAUGGUAGAAGUUGUCACAAGCUGGAACCUGCCUAUGUCUUACUGGCUCAAUAACUACGUUUUCAAGAAUGCUCUACACCUGGGGACCUUCUCAGCCGUGCUGGUUACCUACGCAGCCAGUGCCCUCCUGCACGGCUUCAGCUUUCACCUGGCUGCGGUGCUGCUGUCCCUAGCGUUUAUCACUUAUGUGGAACAUGUCCUCCGGAAGCGCCUGGCUCGGAUCCUCAGUGCCUGCGUCUUGUCAAAACGAUGCCCACCAGACUGUUUGCACCAGCAUCGCUUGGGCCUGGGGGUACGAGCCUUAAACCUGCUCUUUGGGGGCCUGGCCAUCUUCCACCUGGCCUACCUGGGCUCCUUGUUUGAUGUCGAUGUGGAUGAUACCACAGAGGAGCAGGGCUACGGCAUGGCAUACACUGUCCACAAGUGGUCAGAGCUCAGCUGGGCCAGUCACUGGGUCACUUUUGGAUGCUGGAUCUUCUACCGCCUCAUAGGCUGAGGCACAUCUGUGGACCCUCCUGGCCCCCAAGACCCCUCCUUAGGGUGCCAGCUCUGAUAAGGGAUGAGGGAAGACCAUCUCUCUACCCCUUUCCCCUCUCCAUCCUUGACUCCCAACACCCCCAACACACACACACACACACCACACUUACCACACUCCAUUUCCAUGCCUCUAGAUCCCCACCCCACCACAAGGCAGGGGAAGGGUAGUGCCUAUUGGGGCCUAGGGGUGGGGGGAUGCUUGGGGAAGCAGAGAGGGGGAUAUCCAGUGCCUCCCCACCUUCUCCCUUUUUUAUAUACAGUUUGUUAUUGUCAAAUAAAAGUAGGAAAGAUACAAUAGGCU